UUUCAUUCUUUUUGCUUUCUUAAACUCUUAAAACAUUUUCAAUUUUGUCACAUCUUUCUUUCUCCUCUUUUCUUUAGAUCUUCUCAACCGUCUAUAUAUCCAAAUCACAAUGGCUCUUCUAACUAAUAAACGAGCCUUCUUUUCAUCUUUCACCCAACGAUCUAAAUAUGAUGUGUUCUUGAGUUUCAGAGGAGAAGAUACCUGCAAUGGUUUUACUAGCAAUUUGAAUGGUUUUUUGAGUCUUAAAGGUAUUAACACCUUCAUGGAUGAUGAGCUCCAAAGAGGAGAGAAAAUUUCCACUGAACUUUUCGAAACUAUUGAAAGUUCAAAGAUUUCGAUAAUUGUAUUCUCUAAAAACUAUGCAACUUCCACUUGGUGUUUGGAUGAACUUGUCAAAAUUCUUGAGUGUAAAAAGAAAGGCCAAGUGGUGUUUCCAGUUUUUUACAAGGUGGAUCCAUCAGAAGUACGUAGCCAAAAGGGAAAGUUUGGAGAAGAAUUGGCAAAACAUGAAGAAAGUUUCAAGUAUGACACGAACAAGGUGCAAAGAUGGAGGGCUGCUCUAAAUGAAGCCGGCAAUUUAUCUGGUUGGCAUUACAAAAAUGACCUCCCUCAAUUUAUGUUUAUCCAAGAAAUUUUUGAAGGGAUCUCAAGUGCUAAAUUAAAUUGUUCACAAUUAUUUGUUGCUAAAUACCCAGUUGGAAUAGACUCUCGCGUAGAGGAAAUAAGUAGGUGCUUAGAUAUUGAGUCAAACGAUGUUCGCAUGUUAGUGAUCCAUGGUUUUCCUGGAAUUGGGAUUAGAUGAAAUUCGAGGCAUAAGAUUGUCCUUGCCACAACCAAGAAAGAUGCAAUUGAAUCUUGGAAAGAUGAAAAGUCUCAAAUAUUUAAUAAUUCACAAUGUAAUUUGUGAAGACCUUAAAUCUCUUCCCAAUGGGUUAAGGUUACUUGAUUGGAAUGAAUUUCCUUUAUUGUCCUUGCCGUCCACCUUUGAACCUACAAAACUCGUUGCACUUUACAUGCGAGGGAGCCAUAUUGAAUUGGACGAGCAUUUCGAGG